UCUGUCUUAACUGCAGCAGCACUAUCUGCUCCGUACUCUCUAAUCUCAACAUGGCCAACCACUAUUACAACCCACACAUGGGCAACAACUACAACCCACACAUGACCAGCAACUAUGGAUAUGGCAUUCAGAAUAACAGAGAGCUGAGGAUAGUGAUGGUGGGGAAGACUGGAAUUGGGAAGAGUGCCACUGGAAACACCAUCCUGGGACGACAGUACUUUGAAUCAAAGUUCAGUGCGAGGUCUAUGACUGUUGACUGCUCCAAGGGCAAAGCUGUGGUGGACGGGCAACAGGUUGCUGUUAUCGACACCCCCGGUCUGUUUGACACCAGGUUCGGCAUGGACAAAACAACUAAAGAUGUAUGCCAGUGCAUCUCUUACGCUGCUCCUGGACCCCACGUGUUCCUGGUGGUCAUCAGGCUGGGCCGAUACACUGAGGAGGAAAAGCAGACGGUGCAGAGGAUUCAAGAAAUCUUCGGCCAGGCUGCAGACAGAUACAGCAUGGUUCUCUUUACUCAUGGUGACUCUCUUGAAGCCCCGAUUGAGGCCUUCUUGGCUGAAAGCCCUGACCUGCAAGAACUUGUGGCCAGAUGUAAUGGCCAGUACCAUGUCUUCAAUAAUAAGACAAACGACCGUUCUCAGGUCACUGAGCUGCUCCAGAAGAUCAGAAAUUUAACCCAGCGGAACGGAGGCAGCCACUACACCAAUGAGAUGUUCCAAGAGGCUGAGAGGAAAAUCGAAGAGGAGAAACAACGCAUCCUGAAAGAGAAAGAAGAGCAGAUACGCAGAGAAAGAGAGGAAAUAGAGAGGACAAUGAGGGCGCAAUAUGAGGAACAGAUGAGGAGAAUGAAUGAGCAAAUCCAGGCUGAUAGGGAGAGAGAGAGAAUACAGAGAGAUGAGGAGAGGAGGAGGGAUAGGGAGGAGAUGAAUGAGGAGAGAAGGAGGGAGAGGGAGGAGAGAGCAGCAGAGAGACAGAGAGAAAGAGAGGAGAAAGAAAGGCAGAUGGAAGACAUGAUGGCGAAAAUGAGGGAGGAGCAUGAGAAACAGCUGAGCAAGGCAAGAAAGGAGGUGCAGGCCAGGUAUGAAAAUGAGGCCAGAGAUGAAGCUGAGGAUGGAAAUCCAUUACAUCUCAUAGUGAAAGCUGGUAAACUGGUAGUUGCUGGAAUUACAGAAUUUGGAAAGGCGCUUGGGAAGUUGUUCAGAUUUUGAGUGGUUCAGGCAGUUUAACUAGAGAGGAGCACUCCAGAAAAAAAUUUCAUCUACAGAACCAUAAUCACAAUUUUCCUUUUUCAUUACCUGAGUCAGUUGUCAUAAAGUUGAUAUUAUGUGUCUAAGUAGAGCUGUUCAUCAUAUCAUACUCUUAUGUUGUCAUCUAGGGUUCUUUUUGCAUGCUUUUUUUUAUAUAUAUAACCUAAACAGCCAAGGAGCUAUUCAGUGUUUUACUUAGUAUUUCACAGUGUAAAAUGUUUGCAUAUCAUUAACAUUUUAAAGAUAAUUUCAUACUUGAAGCUAUGCUUUGCAUCAAACAGUCUUUUUUUGUGCACAGACUAAAGGUCCUGACAUCAUUGCAUCUCACUGGAAUUGUAACUCAUAUGAUUUCAUGUGACAAAUAAAUUGACUGAUCCUUUUGUUGUGUUCGUGUGCCAAACCGAACAAGAAAUAAAGUUGUGAUAUUAAGACCAAA